AUGCCUUUCUCUACUUUCCAUCACUUCUCACGACUACCUUUCGAACUGCGACAGCAAAUCUGGGAAGAAGCCUGUCUCCCAUCAGGCCCGCUCGAACGAGGCAUUCAAUACCUUGUUUUAACAGCAGACGGCUUAGUGCCAUCACCUCGCAAUUGGGCUCAGACCUCGAAACAGGAUCCGAGUGACUUAAAGAACAAAUCCGCCUAUCUGAUAGACGGAGGCCUGUGGAAUGCCUGCAAAGAGUCAAGACAGGUUAUCGAGAAGCAUACACACUCUGAAGCAUGGGUCCAUUUACGAAAUGAAGCCAUUGAUGAAGACGAAUCAUUCAACAGUUACAAGCCCGGUUGGGAUAGUGGCACAUCAGCCAUCCACCCCGCAACUAUUGAAAUUGAGGACGACACCGAGGAGUGGCAUAUGCUUGCGUAUCCUAGUCAGGACAUCUUCUGCAUUAAACUAGAUGCUACUAUGCCUAUACCUGAGGAGAUUGAAGACUCGUGGCUAUAUACGUUCUUCAGUCGCAAUUCUGACGGGUAUUCGUGUCGACCGGACAAUAUUGCAUUUGAAUUCGACCAGAGCUGGAUGGUAGACUCUGAGAUGCGGUAUCGCGACAUGACAAGAGAGCAUUCAGUCCGCGGAUACUGGGCAUUGCUCGUUGAUGGUCAACUGGUGUAUGAGCCACGCAGGGCUCUUUGGAUCAUCGACAAAAACGCCAAGUGGUUCGAACGUUCUCCAGAACGUGACAAAAUUAUAUACCGGGACUAUGAUGGGGACUAUGUCGAAGUGGACUGGGACGAUGUACCUGAAUCAACGGGGGAUGGAGCAUCUCUUAGUGCAUCUGCAUUUUUUGACAAGUUUUGGGGCGCUAAUUGGUUUGACUUGUGUGGGAUAUAUUCCGGUUUUGGCCCUGAAUUCAUUCACUGUGGUUAUGAAUCGAACGAAGAAGCAUACGAGUUCGAGUUAAAAUACAGGGUCAAACUUCUUGUACGCCGGGACAAUCAGGUAAAGGAACCCACUUUGAAGUGUUGGGAUAAAUGUGACGACCAAGGCUGGUGUAUCUGCCAGGACGAAGAGGGUAACUGGUGGGACUAG